AUGCGACAUCUCACUCAAGCAUUGAUCACUCUCAAUGCUCUGCUUGUAGUCGCAGUCGCGGCUCCUCAUGGAAUCUCGUACAGUCAUAUCCAGCACCACAAACGAGAUGUUCCAAAUCCAAAUCUAGCCCCAAACCUAGGCACCAAUGUAGAAGUCGAGCUACAUCCGUCCCCUCGUCACCAUAACAAUCACGACCACCACCAUGGUGGCCACGGGCACGGCCACCAUGGCAAACCACCCCAACUACCACCGAAGAAACGAAAAUUCGGAAUCUCCUACUCCCCCUACAACACAGACAGCACCUGCAAAUCCCAAGACGAGGUAAAUGCAGAUAUCGACAGACUCGUCUCUCUAUCCACCCCGCCACCAGCAGAGAACAACGAAGGCGCAGAAAGCGACUACAGCUUCAUAAGAAUCUACGGCAUAGACUGCAACCAAACCGCCACCGUAACAACAGCUGCAAAGCGCCACAACCUCCGCGUCUUUGCUGGUAUCUUCGAUUUCUCCGACUUCCCCCACUCGCUCGAUGCCAUUAUCGACGUUGCUCAUUCCCACUCUACCGACCCGGAAAAACGAGACGAAAGAGCACAACAAAAUGGAUGGGAUAUAUUCCACACUAUAGCAAUCGGAAACGAACUAGUCCAAACGCACCAAGCCACAAUCCCAGAGGUAAUCUCCGCCCUCCACCAAGCACGCAGCAUCCUCCGGUCCGCAGGGUAUCAGGGCCCCGUCGUGACUGUCGAUACCUACACAAUGCUCUUGGCACACCCGGAGCUAUGUGAAGCGUCGGAUUACUGCGCGGCGAAUUGUCAUGUUUUCUUCGAUGCGACGCAGACUCCUGACAAAGCCGGGGAUUAUGCGAUUGACGUUGCUAAGCGGAUUUCGAAGGGGACAGAGGGAAAGAAUGGGGGGAGGAAGAGGACUGUUAUUGCGGAGAGUGGGUGGCCGCAUGAUGGGACGGCGAAUGGGAAGGCUGUGCCGUCGGAGGAGAAUCAGAGGGUUGCGGUGGAUAGUUUGAGGAGGGUGUUUCGUGAACAGGGUGAGGAUGAGGGGGAUGGGGAUGCCGGGCUGGUGUUGUUUACGGCGUUUGAUGAUUUGUGGAAGACUGACAAUGAGGGAACGUUUGGAGCGGAGAAGUUUUGGGGGAUUAAUCGCUGA